CGUACCAAUAAAUUGCUAAUAUCAGACCAUGAUUCGGUGAGAAGCGGAGUGAACGAUGGGAGUGAUUUGUCAGAUGAUUAUUACUUUGUUUUCAGUAAAUUAGAUAUAGAUGGUGUUUAUCGCUGUUCAUCGCCACUGCCUGAAAGUAUCGCCGAACGUGUUCGUAAACAGACAUAUCAACCUAUUGUUAAGCAUUGUCGUCCGCGACUGUUUUGUUUCUAUAUGGAGCAACACAUAGAAAGGCUCAUCCAACAGUACAAAGAGCGAGCACAACGCGCCUUUCAACUCGAACGUGAAAUGGAAUGUGCGAAAUUGCCCGAUGCAAUGCGUGAACAAAUGCUUAUCUUUCUUGCUCAAAAAGAAUCACGUUAUUUACGACUUAAACGACAGAAAAUGAAUAAAAGUAUGUUCGAAGUAAUCAAGCAUAUCGGAUUUGGUGCAUUUGGUCGCGUAUCACUCGUAAAAAAAAAGGACACGGGUCAGGUGUAUGCAAUGAAAACAUUGCUUAAAAAAGAUGUUAUUGUAAAGCAACAAGCCGCUCAUGUCAAAGCAGAACGAGAUAUUUUAGCGGAAGCAAAUAGUCAGUGGAUAGUAAAACUAUACUUCUCGUUCCAAGAUGAACAAUCUUUAUAUUUCAUUAUGGAAUACGUUCCUGGCGGAGACAUGAUGCAGUUGCUGAUAAUGAAAAAAAUCUUUAAUGAAAAACUUGCCAAAUUUUACAUUGCUGAGCUGAUUUGUGCGUUAGAAUAUGUUCAUAGCCUAGGAUUUAUCCAUCGCGAUAUUAAACCGGAUAAUAUACUUAUCGAUCAAAAUGGCCAUAUAAAGUUGACUGAUUUUGGCCUAUGCACAGGUCUACGAUGGACUCAUGAUAAACGUUUUUAUGAUCCUUUUACUAGAGUGGCAUCUUUCAGCUUGAACAUACUGAAAGUUCUGGAUCUUCGAAAUUAUUUAAAGAGAAAUCAGUCCCAUUCAUUAGUUGGAACCGAUAACUACAUGGCACCAGAAGUAAUACGCGGCACUGGUCAUUCACAACUUUGUGAUUGGUGGUCAGUUGGUGUUAUUCUUUAUGAAAUGGUGUUUGGCCGACCACCAUUUUUAUCGGAAGAUCGUUAUGAAACUCAGUUUAAGAUUGUUAACUGGCGUCAGUUUCUCGAUUUAAAUAAUCGAGCAUCGUUGAAUUUAUCACCAGAAUGCAUCAAUUUGAUAAAAAGACUCUGUUGUGAACAAGAAAAUCGAUUAGGACGUGAAGAUGGAGCUCUCGAGAUCAAGAUGCAUUGCUGGUUUGAAAAUAUCGACUUCACAACUUUACGUUCAACACGUGCGGAAUAUAUUCCUCGCGUACAACAUGCGGAAGAUACGUCCAACUUCGACACAUUCGAAUUCGAGUCCACGAAACGCGCAAAUGUUUCCUCUCCCUUAAAUCCAGCAUUUUAUGAAUUCACUUUUCGCCACUUUUUCGACUUUGAUGGACAGGUUCUUUAA